AUGGUCGCCUUUGCAUUGGGAGUUGGAUCCCUUGUUUGGGUGGAGGAUCCUGAUGAAGCCUGGAUAGAUGGUGAGGUUGUAUCCAUCAAUGGGGAAGAAAUUAAGGUUCUUUGUACAUCAGGAAAAACGGUCGUGGUCAAUUCAUCCAAUGUCUACCCGAAAGAUGCCGAGGCCCCGGCCUGUGGGGUGGACGAUAUGACGAAGCUGGCUUAUUUGCAUGAACCUGGAGUUCUACAUAAUUUAAAAUCCAGAUAUGAUAUCAAUGAAAUAUAUACCUACACUGGGAGUAUAUUGAUUGCCGUUAAUCCCUUCCAAAGACUGCCUCAUUUAUACGAUAGUCAUAUGAUGGCACAAUAUAAGGGAGCAGCUUUUGGCGUAAGUCAGUCGAUUUUGGUUAGCGGUGAAAGUGGAGCAGGUAAGACCGAAAGUACAAAAUUGCUUAUGAGAUAUCUUGCUUACAUGGGAGGUCGAUCGGCAUCCGAGGGAAGAUCGGUCGAGCAACAAGUUCUUGAGUCGAAUCCUGUUCUUGAGGCGUUUGGUAAUGCAAAGACAGUGAGAAAUAAUAAUUCAAGUCGAUUCGGUAAGUUUGUCGAGAUUCAGUUUGAUCAAAAUGGAAGAAUUUCUGGGGCUGCCAUUAGAACAUACUUGCUCGAGAGGUCUCGUGUAUGUCAAGUGUCUGAUCCAGAGAGAAACUACCAUUGUUUCUAUAUGCUUUGUGCUGCACCCCAAGAGGAUAUCCAAAAAUAUAAGUUGGCAAAUCCAAGAACAUUUCAUUACUUAAACCAGUCGAAUUGCUAUGAGCUUGAUGGCCUUGAUGAUGGCAAAGAAUAUAUAGCAACGAGAAAGGCAAUGGACACUGUGGGAAUUAGUGCUGAGGAACAGGAUGCAAUUUUUAGAGUUAUUGCUGCAAUCCUCCAUCUUGGGAACAUUGAAUUCAUGAAGGGAAAAGAAAUUGAUUCAUCCAUGCCUAAAGAUGAAAAGUCUUGGUUUCAUUUAAGAACUGCAGCUGAACUUUUCAUGUGUGAUGCAAAGGCUUUGGAGGAUUCCCUUUGCAAACGUGUAAUCGUGACUCGUGAUGAGACCAUCACAAAGGAGUUGGAUCCUCAGGCUGCUACUUCUAGUAGAGAUGCUUUAGCCAAAAUUGUCUACUCGAGGUUGUUUGACUGGCUUGUGGAUAGGAUUAAUAGGUCAAUUGGUCAAGAUCCUAAUUCGAAGUGCUUAAUUGGAGUUCUGGACAUAUAUGGAUUCGAAAGUUUCAAGACUAACAGUUUCGAACAGUUUUGCAUAAACUUGACCAAUGAGAAGCUCCAGCAGCACUUUAAUCAGCACGUAUUCAAAAUGGAGCAAGAGGAGUAUACAAAGGAAGAAAUUAAUUGGAGCUACAUAGAGUUUAUCGACAAUCAAGAUGUUUUAGAUCUAAUUGAAAAGAAGCCAGGUGGCAUUAUCGCACUCCUUGAUGAAGCCUGCAUGUUUCCUCGUUCAACUCAUGAAACAUUUGCACAAAAGCUGUACCAGACCUUUAAGAACCACAAACGUUUCAGCAAGCCCAAAUUAGCUCGUUCGGACAUCACCAUUUCCCAUUAUGCUGGUGAUGUAACUUAUCAAACCGAGUGGUUUCUGGACAAAAACAAGGAUUAUGUUGUUGCUGAGCAUCAGGCACUCUUGAAUGCUUCCAAAUGUUCCUUUGUUUCGGGCCUUUUCCCCAUAUCAAAUGUAGAGUCCUCUAAACAAUCAAAAUUUUCUUCUAUUGGCUCAAGGUUCAAGCAACAAUUACAAGCACUGCUAGAAACUCUAAGUUCAACUGAACCUCAUUAUAUUCGGUGUGUGAAGCCGAAUAAUCUUCUUAAGCCAGCUAUAUUUGAGAAUCAUAAUGUCCUGCAACAGCUACGUUGUGGGGGUGUCAUGGAAGCAAUUAGGAUAAGUUGCGCUGGCUAUCCAACCAAGAGACCAUUCUUUGAGUUUGCUGACCGUUUUGGCAUUCUUGCACCUGAAGUUCUUGACGGGAGUACGGAUGAGGUCGCUGUUUGCAGGAAGCUGUUGGAGAAAGUUGGACUUGAAGGGUAUCAGAUUGGUAAAACAAAAGUUUUUCUGAGGGCUGGUCAAAUGGCAGAGCUUGAUACCAGGAGGACCGAGGUGUUAGGACGUUCGGCCAGCAUUAUCCAGAGGAAAGUCCGUUCUUACAUGGCUCAGAAAAGCUUCACAUUGUUGCGUCGGUCAACGAUUGUUCUCCAAUCCAUUUGUAGAGGAGAACUUACCAGGCAUGUUUACGAAAGCAUGCGGCGAGAGGCUGCUUGUCUCAGGAUACAAACAGAACUGCGAAUGUAUCUUUCUAGGAAAGCAUACAAAGAACUAUGCUCAUCAGCUGUCUCAAUUCAGACAGGAAUGCGCGGGAUGGCUGCUCGUGAUGAGCUUCGAUUUAGACGACAGACGAGAGCAGCAAUUGUAAUCCAGAGUCAUUGCCGCAAGCUCUUGGCUCGUUUGGAAUAUGUGAAGCUGCAGAAAGCCGCAAUCACUACACAAUGUGCAUGGAGGGGCAGAGUUGCUCGUAAAGAGCUGCGUACUCUCAAGAUGGCCGCGAGAGAAACUGGUGCCCUGCAAGCUGCAAAGAAUAAAUUAGAGAAGCAAGUUGAAGAAUUGACUUGGAGGUUGCAGCUUGAGAAACGAAUGAGAACUGACUUAGAAGAAGCAAAAACUCAAGAGAACACAAAAUUGCAAACUGCUUUACAAGAUCUUCAGCUUCAGCUCAAAGAGUCUAAAGACAUGCUGUUGAAGGAAAGGGAAGCUGCAAAGAUGGCAGCUGAGCGUGCCCCUGUUGUACAGGAGAUUCCCGUUGUCGAUCAUGAAAUGACGAAUAAGCUUAGUGCUGAAAACGAAAAACUCAAGGCCUUGGUAAGCUCUCUAGAAACAAAAAUAGUUGAAACCGCGAAGAAAUACGAAGAGACUAGUAAACUUAGUGAGGAGAGGCUGAAACAGGCAAUGGAAGCAGAAUCGAUAAUUGUUAAGCUGAAAACCAAUAUGAACAGGCUAGAAGAAAAAAUUUCUGACAUGGAAUCUGAGAACAAAAUUCUUCGGCAGCAAACCUUGUUAUCCGCUGCUAAAGGAGUGUCUGACAAUCCUUCUCAUAUGGCUACUAAGGUUUUGGAGAAUGGGCACCAUGCUAAUGAAUCCAUCAAACACUAUGAUUUGCCACCUGUACCUGCUAAAGGCGACGAAACUCCCGACAGCAAACCAAAGAGACCCCCUACUGACCGUCAACACGAGGAUGUUGACGCUCUCAUGGAAUGCGUCAUGAAAGACGUGGGUUUCAGUCAAGGCAAACCAGUUGCGGCUUUUACAAUGUACAAGUGUCUUCUGCACUGGAAAUCCUUUGAAGCCGAACGGACUAGCAUGUUUGAUCGUCUCAUUCAGAUGAUUGGUUCAGCUCUUGAGGACCAAGACAGCAACAAUCAUAUGGCAUAUUGGUUGUCAAAUACGUCCACACUUCUUUUCUUACUCCAGAAAAGCCUCAAACCUGCUGGUGCAAUUCCAGCUCGUAAACCGCAAGCACCAACUUCUCUUUUUGGGAGGAUGGCAAUGGGAUUUAGGUCAUCUCCUUCUGCUGUCAGCCAUGCUGCUGCUGCUGCCGCCCUCGAGACAGUGCCUCAAGUCGAAGCUAAAUAUCCAGCUCUGCUUUUCAAGCAACAGCUUACGGCUUAUGUAGAGAAAAUAUAUGGCAUUAUUCGAGACAACCUAAAGAAAGAAUUAGGAUCCUUGCUUGCGUUGUGUAUUCAGGCUCCAAGAACUUCUAAAGGAAGUGUACUAAGAUCGGGUCGGUCAUUUGGCAAAGACUCCGCAACAAAUCAUUGGCAGGCCAUUAUCGAUUGUCUCGACUCUCUUCUUGCCACUUUGAAAGAAAAUUUUGUUCCCCCUGUUCUUGUGCAGAAAAUAUUUACUCAAACAUUUUCGUAUGUCAAUGUACAACUCUUUAACAGCCUUCUUCUACGACGUGAGUGUUGUACGUUCAGCAAUGGGGAAUAUGUCAAAGCAGGAUUGGCCGAGCUAGAAUUAUGGUGCUGCCAAGCAAAAGAAGAAUAUGCAGGCUCAGCUUGGGACGAACUCAAACACAUAAGACAGGCUGUUGGGUUCAUGGUUAUACAUCAGAAGUACAGAAUAUCAUACGACGAGAUCACCAAUGAUUUAUGCCCAAUUCUGAGCGUGCAGCAGUUGUACAGAAUAUGUACUUUAUACUGGGAUGAUAAAUAUAACACGAGAAGUGUAUCACCUGAAGUUAUAUCCAGUAUGAGGGUCCUAAUGACAGAGGAGUCGAGUAACGCUGCCAGCAGCUCGUUUUUGUUGGACGACAAUUCUAGCAUACCAUUCUCGAUAGAUGAACUUUCCAAUUCGAUAGACGUGAAGGACUUUCUAGACGUGAAGCCUGCCACAGACCUCCUCAAGAAUCCUGCCUUUGGAUUUUUACACAGCUAA